AUGAUCGUCAGGACUUACGGCCGCCGGAGCAGGUCGUUUUCCGAUUCACCUGACGACGACGACGACCUUGCUGGGCACGCAUUCGGCGGGGACUCUUUCUCCCUCUCCCAAGAGAGCCCAUCUCAGGAUUUCUACGACUUCCCUUUCCCUUCCCAAGAAUCGUCUUCUUUCUGGCCCUCCGCCGCCUCAUCCUCCUUCGAUCCCGAUCCGUACGGGUUCAAUCCUUCCUCCUCCCAGGAAAAUUCGGUCCCUGCCAACGGCGUUGCUUCCAGGAAGUCGAAGAAACCAAGAAACGGGGAGUUGGAGAAGAGGGGUGGAGGGGACGCGAGGCCGUGGGUUCCGAUGACUUCUACACUAAUGGAGGCGCAGGAGUUCGGAGAGAUGAUGGAGCACGUCGACGAGGUUAAUUUCGCGCUUGAUGGGUUGAGGAGAGGGCAGCCAGUGAGAAUCAGGAGGGCGAGCUUGUUAUCCCUCUUGUCGAUUUGCGGCACGGCGCAGCAGCGGCGACUUCUUAGGGCUCAAGGGACAGUGAAAACCAUAAUAGAUGCAGUCUUGGGUCUUAGCUUUGAUGAUGUGCCCAGCAACCUGGCAGCUUCAACUCUUUUCUUUCUCUUAACCAGUGAUGGACAAGAUGACCACAUGUUGGAAUCACCCAGUUGUAUUCUUUUUUUGCUUCAAUUGCUGAAACCGGUACAUUCUAAGGCUAGCCAGGACAAAACCCGAAGUUUAGGCAGUAAGAUUUUGUCGAUACGCGGAGAUACUAAUAUCUUGCGUGAUACAAGCAAGAUGGCAGAUUCAAGUUCUUCUGCUAUUGUCGCCAAAGUUGAGGAAAUUCUUGUGUGUGGUAAGGUCAUUAAGUCUCAGUCUGGGAACAAUAUGGGAGCUGAGAGGCCAGAGUUGACAUCAAAGUACAUCGCCCUGUUGACUAUGGAGAAGGCUUGCUUAUCCAAGAUAUCACUUGAAGAUACAUCGGGUCGGGUAAGGAAGAUGGAUGGAAAUUUCAAGGAGAAGCUGCGAGAACUUGGAGGACUUGAUGCUGUCUUUGAAGUUGCAAUGAGCUGCCACUCUGCUAUUGAGAGUUUGGAGCAGCAAAAUUCAUCCUCUUCUCAGAGUGCGCAAGAUGUCUUGGUCCUGCCAAGCCUCGUAACCCUUUUGAAAUGCUUGAAGAUCAUGGAAAAUGCUACAUUCUUGAGUAAAGACAACCAGGACCAUCUACUUGCGAUGAAAAGAAACUCUGAUUCUCAUGGUUGCCGAAUAUCUUUCACCAAACUUGUCAUAAGUGUGAUCAAGAUUUUAUCAGGACUCUAUCUGCUUAGAACUUCUGCUACCUCUGCUAAUGGAAGCCCUUUCAUCCUCUCCAGUGGAAGUAAUAAUGACCACAAAGUAGACAGUGAUGGAGUGAUAUGCAUCAGCUCGUCAGAAUCAGAUUGCUACAUUACAGAAGGGACCUCAUUGGAAAAGGGCUCUCAGACUUCACACAAAUCAAUUGCACAGCGAGUGCUCUCUGUUUCUAGAGAAGCAGCUACCAUGGACGACAGUAACCUACUGAAGAUGAGAGUUCGCUCAUCAAUGUUCAGUUCAAGCAGUGAAACAUCGAGGAGCUGUAAUGGGUUGAGGUCAAAGUAUGAUGUUGACGUUGAUGAUUCUGCAAAAGAUUCCAUGUGCGAACUCUUCGAUAGCCAAGAUCCCUUUGCAUUUGAUGGUGAUGACUUUGAGCCCUCGAAGUGGGAUGCGAAGUAUGGUAAACCGAAAAAAUCUCGAAUUCCAGCUAUGAGAAAGCCUGUGAAAGAACGCCAAAACCACGAGGAUCCCUUCGGUGUGAUGACGAUUCAAAGUGAAUUUAGUAAACAGCUCAAUGAAGACUCAAGUAAACAACAGUGUUCUUCCCAGAAGGGCUCGAAUUCCAGUGUUUCAGAUGAAGAAUGCUCUACUCUUCUAUCUGAGUGUCUUCUUACAUCAGUAAAGGUUCUGAUGAAUCUAACGAAUGAAAACCCUGUGGGAUGUCGGCAAGUUGCUGGAUGCAAGGGGUUGGAGACUAUGUCUUCACUGAUUGCUGACCACUUCCCGUCGUUCGACUCAUCUUCCACAUCGCUUAAUUCUGCAGUACUUGAACAUCAGAACGAAGGUCGUUUAACUGAUCAAGAGCUGGAUUUUCUGGUGGCCAUCUUGGGUCUCCUUGUCAACCUGGUCGAGAAGGAUGGACAAAACAGGUCAAGGCUUGCAUCGGCUAGCGUUUCGUUAGCCAGCUCACAAGGGUCGGAAGAGGAGAGUCGUAGGGAUGUAAUUCCGCUACUGUGUUCCAUCUUUCUAGCCCACCUAGGAGAAGGUGAUCAAUCUGAACAAGGGAAUGGCAUACAAUGGGAUGAUGAAGUGGCGCUGCUAGAAGGAGAGAAAGAAGCGGAGAAGAUGAUCGUGGAGGCUUAUGCAGCACUGCUGCUUGCCUUUCUUUCAACUGAAAGCAAGAGCACACGUGAUUCAAUUGCUGAUUGCCUCCCGGAUCACAAGCUUUCGGUUCUCGUUCCUGUGCUGGAGAGAUUUGUGGCAUUUCACUUGACGCUGAACAUGAUCUCGCCGGAGACCCACGAAGUAGUGAAGGAAGUGAUCGAAUCGUGUAGGCUGCCAUGA